AUGGCGAGCUUACUUUCCAAAAUUCUGCCCUCAUACUCUAGGAUAAUGCCAUUAGCGGGUGGGCAUAGAUAUUUUACCUCGACGGCAGUUUUCCUUAAUGAGAUCAUGAAGUUGGCUGUUUCUUUGACGAUUGCCAUGUACGAUAUUUCACGAACCUUACCUCCAUCUACGCCCGCGACAGUGCUUUUCGAACAAUUGUAUAUGUCGGUAUUUUCUGGUGAUGGUUGGAAAUUGGCUAUCCCAGCUACUUUGUACACUUUGCAGAAUUCGUUACAGUAUACUGCUGUGAGCAACCUGGAAGCUAUCCUCACAACGGCAAUUUUUAGUGUGGUUCUACUAGGAAGGGCGCUGUCUUCUAAAAGAUGGAUAGCUCUCGUUUUACUCACGAUUGGAGUUACCAUUGUCCAACUACCCACCGGCAGUCCGUCUGCACAUUCCACCCUUAACGGUUCACAAUCACGAUUUUACUUUCCACGAUCCUUUCACGAACUGGGACAAAUGGGUAAUGGUGCAGUGGAAGUAGCAGCCGAAUUAACGAAACGUGGUAUGGAGGGGUUUUCCGAAGGUCUUACGAAACGAUCUGCUACAUAUGAGGGUAUACAAGAGGACCAAGGAUUGGUCAGACCUGUUAUGAACUAUCCCAUUGGCCUUAUGGCUGUUUUGGCCGCGGCUGUGAUAUCAGGUCUUACGGGGGUAUAUUUCGAAAAGGUGUUGAAGGAAUCUACGACUCAUGUUACGAUUUGGACGAGAAAUGUUCAGCUCUCUUUCUAUUCUCUCUUCCCAUCUUUGAUAUUCGGAGUGAUGUUCAAAGAUGGAGAGCAAAUUGCCGAGAAUGGCUUCUUUGCUGGGUAUAAUGCAGUGGUGUGGACUGCUAUUGUUAUGCAAGCCUUGGGUGGAAUCCUCGUUGCACUUUGCAUGGAUUACAGCGAUAAUAUCGCAAAGAAUUUUGCUACAAGUAUUAGUAUUAUUUUUAGUUUUAUUUUCAGCGUUUGGUUCUUUGAUUUUAAUGUCUCUCUCAAUUUCAUUUUCGGUACAUCGAUAGUUUUCUUUGCAACAUGGCUAUACAGUGGUCCGGAAAGAAAAAGAAAUAGACCUCCACCAAUCAAUAUUGCAAGUUAUGAAAAGACGACCAUUGAUAAUGGUUUUACGCCGAAGUAUGAAGAGGAUAGGUCGAGUUUGACGUUGGAUCCAUUGAGUGGAUUGAAAGGUCCAGGCGCGGGGGCAUCUUUGUCGACUAGUAGGCCUAGUUCGCCUAUGAGGCAUCAUUCGAGGGUGGGAAGUUCGAGAGGAAAGGUUAAGAGGGACGACUGA